AUGUUGGGGCGAAUUGGGACCGCAAGAGGACAGAUGGGGACACAGUACCAGUAUAGUGAGACAAUGACGGGGCAUUAUCUGCCGUUGCCACCGCCAGUCCUUCAGCAAUAUACAUUACGUCUGAAGGCGUGUCUAGGGGAUCCCGCAAUGACGCCAAAAGUUUUUGAAGCCAUGCUGCACGACGAGGAGUUUUACCGCGACGUAAACAGCAUGUACACCAAGGAGUUUGUGGAGCUGUUGAGGGCAGUGGGGUGUAGAUGGUUGCGCCUGCACGUCUUUGAAAUUCUGGGCCACGGUCAAGACGCCGGAGGCAAUCGUGUUGACACCGAUCUUGUCGAGGAUGACGGGGCGGGAGCUGCAGCCGCUGCCACCGCAGGCCAUCUUAGUUUGGAGGCGAAUGAGGAGGAAGUGAUGGAACCGGAGCGUGAAGGGAGGCAAGAAAACACAAUGAUAUCCAAGGAACCUAAUGUGUACAAGGAAUUGCACUCUAUAUUGCUGCUGUUGACGGUGAUGGGAUCACCAUACCGUAUGGUGCGGGAUGAGGGUUGCCUUACAAUGUCGUGUAACAUUCGUUUGCUGCUCUGUCGCGACCCGUCUCUUGUCUACCUCGGCCUGCUGAUCAAUUUCACACAGCCGCAUUUGCCAGAUAAGGCGCUGGACGGUGUUGCUCUGAUGCGUGUUAUUGCCCACGGAUGGGGGGCCUCACCCACUUUUGAAGAUGUUUUGAGGUGUUCGUUGCAGGCUCGGCAGCGAAGCAGGCAACGCACGGGUGCGUGUAGCCAACAGGAUGUGGACGCCGCGAUGCUCCAGCUUCCACACUUGGUGAAAGAUCCGCUGCGAAUCCUUCACGAGAGGUUUCUGCAACGGACUUUGCGGGGCGGCACAAGUCAAAUUGAUCCCGUGCCAAUGUGCAGGACAGUACUGAAAAACAUGGAAGAGGCAGCGGGGGAUCCAGAGAAGUUACUGUGGUGGUGCCGCUGUCGGCUGUUGUGUUCCCAGUUGCUACCAAGCUCGGAUCGUGAAGAGGUGUUCUCAGGGCCAUUGAGUGACUUCUUCCGUAGUGUCUGGAGGACGGAGAGGCUUUUUUCCACCAUUUUAGAGGAGGCCGAGUUUGACGACAAUCCCGGUGGUGACUGCGAGGAGUCUUCAUGCGGGGCGGUGCCGAGUGCGGCGAUGCUUGUCGGGACAAUUGCAGACGUUGUACACGCGUGGCACUUUGCACUACGAGGAUGUGCAGCCAUUUCCGGCCUACUUGCUAUCCGCUACGUGCAGAACCCAUUGGACUCGGUGAAUUGUGUUGUCCCGCAGCACCGGAAAUUUCAGGAGGGCAGCCAUUGCUGCCUCGCGGAGGAUUGGCAGUACCGCCUCCUCACAGAGUACCACAGCACCCACCUCGCGCUAUUCACACCAACCAGCUCCACCGGGCAUGCGUCGGCGCUUCCAGCUAUGGUGGCGCAACUGACGGAUAUCUUGCGUCUUCAACCGCACUACUGCCCUGUGCUUCUCAUGCGAAGCCUGGCACUUACGGGGGAGAACACAAAUAUUUCGAUAGCAAUGAACCAUGGCCUCGUACGCGCAGUCGUUGCGGUGAUGCGAGCAUACAUGGACGAGCAACAGGUGAGUGAUGCGGGAUAUGAGCAGCAACAUAUCCGCAGGAGGACUGGAGAGGAGAGGACUAUUGUGUAUGGCUGGAGCUAUGAGGCAGUGAGAAUUUUGCGUUGUUGUUUUGUUGUUCUGGAACGGCUCGCCACCGUCUCGACGCAUGAAUACAUAAAUCCAAUUGUGUUUCUUCUGACCCCCAAUGAGGAGGAUGGCUACGAGCUGUGCCAAGACAUAUGCAGGCGGAUUCUUCACCGUGAUGGCCAUCCCGUUCUUCUUGCGGCUGCCUUUCGCUUUUUUUCGGCGUGCAUCCAUCACAAUGUUCGCGAUGUGGUGCCCGCGUUGCUGCAGCGGGGUGUGCUGCAGACGAUUCUGGAGAUUGGCGAGAAUCCCACCAUCCUCAGGCGGUACAACGAGAGGACAGGUGGAGUUCCACUGUCAUCUGCGCCAGUCGGUUCAGCCGGUACCGAGCCAAGAGGCGCUACGGGCCCACAGACGACAUCGGGAUCAAGCAGUCCGGACGGCAGGAUUUGUGAGACGUACGCCUGGCUAGUCAGCGAAGAGGACGCGACGCAACGUGCCAGCGUUACCACUGGUAGAGACGCCAACACCAUCAUACCAGUGGAUCCUUCCGCGUACUAUGAACAGGCCAUCCCGAUGUUAGACAUUUGCAGCGUUUUGCAGGCCUUUGCCGUGCACAACAGCACGCACGCACAACUUCACAGGCCACAGUUAAUGUGGAGUCUUUUGUGGUCGCUCAUUGUACCCGUUUCUACCGCAUCGCCGGCCCCGUCAACGGGGGUUUCGCCACUGCGUGUCAACACCCGAGCAGCGACGGCGGCAGGGAAGGAUCUCAUUUCGUUGCUUCGCACACUGCCUGAUCUGCGGGACAGUUUUUUUGAGGCUUUCUCUGAGACGCUGAAGGGCCUUGUGGCGGCGUCACAGCGACAAAACCCACCAGAGGAGAUUGCAAUUUCCAUGUGGAAUAUUAUUGCGUGCAUCAGCGGAGCGGAGUUCCGUCAACUUUCGCACCGCAUUCAACAUCGCCGUCAGCGCAACUAUGCACCCGACCACAACAGUUUGAUAGGUGAAAUGCUCACUCAGAAGCUCGUUAGAUACAAAUCAACGCUUUCACAGGCGAUCCGCGCACUCCUGCAAUUGCCGCACCGUAUUUCUGUCGUCUCUGCCAACUGCAGCGUACUGAGUUUGUUUGUAUGUAACAUCCCAUUGCCGAUACUUGACCACAUUUCCUCUGUGAUUCUCAGUCAUGUAACGAAGAUUGCUGAACUCGUUCAGACAUCUGGAUCGGCGCCGAACGGCGGUCUCAGCGAGGACCAGGCAACUUCUUUGCUGUUGUUGACGUGGGCCUUCUUCUGCAGGUUUCAUAACCAAUCCCCACCGGCGGCCAUCUCAAAACUUCGGUGCGAAUUGGCCAAUGCGCUCUUUGAUACAUACGUUGCGUUGGAAUUGGCGCGUGGUAAAGCCGUCGCCGCCACCACCACCAACUCCCCCACUGGUGGCAACGAGGCCGAUCGCAAUGACACGGAAUUAAACCGUGCCGCAACAGAAGGGAGUGGGAUAUUUUUUGCUUUCUCACGCCUCAGCACACCCGCGGCUAUGUCGUUGCCAACCACGUCUGAGACUGAUGUUCCCGCAGACUGGCCAUGGGUGUUUGGGGCGAGCCAUUUGGAGGAUUCUCUCCUAUUGCAGGAGGAACGGAGUUUGCCGGAGGCUACAGCCACGUUGUUUACUGUUGGUGAUGGUGGUGGUGGUGGCGCAGAACGGGGGACGCUGAGUGCGGUCGACCGAUUCCGUGAGAGCAUUGCGUUCAUGCUUCAGCCGUCCUCGGAUCGCCGCCAACAGUUCUUCUCUCCCACUCGGGCAUACCGUCAACAUGGCUUCUUGUCAGCAAACCAGCAGUUUCUGCUGCCCGUGAGCACGGCUCACCUGCUGACUGGGGCAGAGAAGGCCCUGAAGAAAAUUGUGCAAGAGAUGAUGAAGGCUGUUCAGGGGCGUCUUGACAUGGGGAACGAGACCGCAGAGGGCUGUAUGGGUGGUGCGGGGAUAUUGAGGACUCUCCGAGUCGUUGCUCUUGACGCGUUGAAUAUUUCCCAGCUUAAAGAAGUGGAAAUGAGGAUGCGGUUUGCCGAGGGUCCGAUCUCUAUUGUCUGGCGGAAUGGCGGCAACGCGGACGGCGGCUUUACGGCGCUCUUUACUGGCAUUCUUGCGUGCCUGCAGUUCAUCACGGAGGGCGUUGUGCCUCUUAGGAAAUUAACACCAUCGUUAGCCGCAGCGUCCUCACCCUACACGGCAAUGGGUGCCGCCACCGAUAACGGGGCCUUUACGAUGACUGCAAAUUGUGAGGAAGAUGAAAAUGCCGACGAGGACGGGGCGGUGGGCUCGAGGCUUUCGAGUGUUGUAAGUUCCAUGACGCGCAUUCUCGAGCUACUUUUGAGGACGACGCCGGAGCGGAGUUCGACGCGCCGCCACUGGGUGCAGCCACUCCUGUACUUUAUGCUUGCCAUUUGGCGGGCCCACGGUCUGAUGUUUACACCGGCAAUGACGCUUGGGGUCCUCGCGCGUCUGUUUGACUUCAGUACGGACAUUCUAGAUGUGAGCGCUGACCGGUCGCUUUCAGCAUUCCUUUCAAGCAUUGCCGAGGGCGACAAUGAGGACAUGGUGCAACUGACGUCAUUUUGGUCAGAACUUCUUGCGCGGGAGGGAGGGACUGCCGGGGAUAGGGAUGACGACACGGUGCCCGAGUCUUUCCGUUCGCCGAAUGAGGAGGGGAUAGAUGAUGCAGCGCCGCCCGCCUCUCUUCCCGCCUCUGGGGACCAACAGCAGCAGCGGCCGUGUUCGUCGCCGCACGUCUCGCUGGCGGAAUGUGCGAGGGAGUGGGUACUUGACGUCGCAUCGACAUUGCGCUUUGCCGACGGCGUGACGGAGGACGAGCAGAAGCAAAUGCGACGCCUGUGCUGUAGGGUGUGUUGGAUCUACACUACACUCACGCCACAGAAGGAGCUGCCCGAUAGAGUUGCGAUGCCCUCUGGCUCAGACAGGCAUGUCAUCCUGCUGCCCAUCAUCCGCCGCAUUCUGGAGGAUCCCGGGCGGAACUACACGCUGCUGGAGCUGCUGGCAGUACUCAUCUCACAGGAGGAGACGGAGAAAUAUUUUGUUGUGCUCUUUAAAAGGACGCAACUUCCCCGCGCCAUUUUUGAUUGUGUCACAGCGGAGGUUCAACGACUCUCCGACGAGUCUUCGUCGGAUGCGUUCCAACUGCAGAGGCAGCGGCUUCGUCGCAAGGCAAUGUUGGGACAACUCUUUUGCUUUCUUUCAGUCUCGUCGGCAAACACACUGGGGGAGAAGAAAAUGCGUGUGUGCGCUUACUACCGCAGCAGCCCUUCCAAUUUUUGUUGGAUGGGCCACCUCUGUCGCCAUCUGCAUCCUCAGAACCGGACCCCAAUGCGUCGUCAGAUCAAAUAUGAUAUGUCUUCGAGUCUUGUGGCAUCUGUCACGUCACUUCUUAGGGGAUUUGGCUACAGUGACGCUUGUGAGGAAGAAGCUCCGUCGGAGAAUAAAAGCAGUAAAUCGCGUCCUGACGAGGUCAGCGGCAACAACACGAACUGCCCAAAGAAGGCUGAACUGGAGGCAUCUGUGACGAGUGAGGAAAACUUGAAUCGGGAGCCUACCGGGCAGGCUGUUGCCGUUUCCCCCGCAUCUUUGACCAGUGCUGGUAGCAACUCGACAAGGAAGGCCGUUCGAGAUGCACCGAAGGUGGAGCUCCGACUGUCCGAUGUUUUGGGCAUCACAUCGAUAUUGCCUGAUGAUCUCUUGUUGCAAUGUGCCGAGCUUGUGUUGGACUACUUGGCAGAAGAAGACGCCGAAUUGGAGGAGCAACGGCAGGAACAGGAGCAGGAACAGGAACCGGAGGAGGAUGGUCGCGGCGGUAACGGUGGCGGAGGCAGGCAAAAUAAGAAACUGCGCGAGCUGCAUGUUUUGGAGACCCCAGUCACGCACAUUGCGGUGGAUUUUCUUUCGAAGGUACUGGGCUCGUCCGAGACGUCCCUUGUGUCGCACCUGUACCAGCUAAACGAAACAACGAAGAAGGGAUUUAUUGUACGUGCCAUUUCCCGCCUGCUACGCAAUGACAUGUCCGGCUCGGGCCCACGUGUGCCGGUGAUGAAGGCGCUUCUUGAUCAAACAGAACACACAGAGUGGGUGGUGUACUCGGCCAUGGUGAGCGCCGUUCAAAACGAGAUACGGAUGGGCAGUACAUACACCCUGCAAGAGAAGGACGUGCAGGAGUUGUGUGCACGGCACGCCCCUCACGCAAGUGCCUGCAGGUCGCAUCACGGUCGUGGUGUCGCGGAGGUCCACCGGCAGGCAAUCGUACUUAGUGACUUUUUUGUCGCGCUUCGUUCCGUCAUUGACAAGCACCCAAAGGCAUUCUAUACGGUGUUUAACAUCUCCUGCGUUGUAUUCAUCUUGCAUAUCGGAAACCGCGGCAUUGGGCAGGAGAGCGUCAAGACGACUGUGUGGCUAGCGCCCCGCAAACCACCACGCCAGAAUGUGAUGGGCGGGUCACGUACUCCUCAUCGUUUGGCCGUUGAGAAAGUCUUGGAGAUGUUGAUCCAACGUCUUGAGGGGCGGACAUUGGUGCCGCCGCUUGUCACCAGCGUGCUGAACCAUAUCACAACCCUUCCCUCUGUUGCUUCUAUCGUCACGUCAUACAACGUCAAUGUGCGGAUUCCGGGGAGUAUGCAGGGUGUCUUUGCAGAGCGCAAGGCGGCCGAGGAUGAGCAAGCACAUCAACAGCAACAACAACAACAACAGCUUACUGACGCUCCCGUGUUGCGGGAGGCGCCCCUUUUUCUGACGCCAUUUUUGGCGGUGAUUUUGUUCAUGGAGAAGUCACAGCUGGAGCUGCUCGAAGGGUUCUUUUUUAACGUUGCACAAAAGGCGCCCUCACGACUGGUGCAUGUGCUUCUGCAUGCGCUUGAAGUGAUGUUGGAAGCCAUACCACCAGGCAAAAACCGUUUUUCUGGAGAGGAAGAGAGCACAGAAAAUGCAUCAUUGAGAAAUCCCUCUCCAAGUGACAUGGCGUGCAGUUUUUUGCACGUCUUACGGGUGCUUCUCGGAGCUCCGCGGAGCUCUCUUGUAUGGCGGCUUUGCGAUGAGUUGUGGCAGCGUGACGCCCUCGAAGUGUUGUACCGCAUGGUGGAGAAAAAGUGCUGCAACAACGAACGGGACGCAGCGGCACUUCUUCUAGUCAUACGACGUGUGCUGCUGGCGUAUGGCAAGUGCAACAGCACCUAUGGCAAGAAGAGCAGCGGGAGUGAUAAGAAAAAUACCGAGUCGGAUGGUCGUCCCCAGUUGGAGGGCUGCAGUGGUCGUAGUGGAGCCAUGAGUUCGCUACAACAGCAGGGACAGCCGCUGCAACCGCCGCAAGCGCCGCAGGAGCAGCAACCACGGCAGUCAUUAGCCGACUCGAUGGCGGCGCAUGAGGCUAGUAUGCUUCUACUGGAUGAAGGCGAUGUCUCUCGGACCCCGCGUACGCAGCCCUCGGGUGCUGUGGACGACGCGUUCUUUUUAGAGGAUCUCGUCAGGGGGCACGAUCAGCACGGCAGGAAUGGCGAGUUGGACGGCAUUAGAGAUGGCAGGCGGCUCCAAUCGCAUCAUGAAGGAACUCUGACGGAAGUUAUGUUUGAUAUCGGUGAGAUGCUACGACCCAACGAGUCCGUGCUUCUGUACCACAGUCGUGGCGACUCAGAUGGCGACAGCAACCAUGAUAAUGAGGAAGAUACCGUGAACACCGCAGAGGAUGAGGAGAAUGAUGAGGGCGAUGUGGACAUUGUCGGUGAAGAGGUUGACAUCCCUGGGCACGCCCCAACACCCAUCUCGAUGCGGGUGGGCUUGCAGGAUAACAUGAGCGGUGAAGACGACGAUGACGAUGAUGAUGAUGAUGAUGAUGAUGAUGAUGAUGAUGAUGACGCGGGCGAGGACGAUGGUGAAAACGAGGAGGAGGAAGAAGAGGGGGAAGAGGGCGAGGAGGAUGAGGAAGAGGAGGACCUAGAAGAAUUGUCAUAUGUGAUUGAUCACCCACCCUUUUUGCGUGCCACGCCAAACGAUAUGGCGGGCGUGGUCUCAGGAGGACUUGCCGAUGAGUUUGGGGACGACGGCUUAACGUCAUCGCAGCUUCAUGGCCUCGCCGAGUGGGAGUACGACCACUACACCACGACACUGAAUCGAAUCCCCAUUGACGACGAUAAUUGGACGUUGUUUUCCGGUCAGGGCCACGCAGCCAUUCUCGAGAUCAUUGGCCGGCACCGGCGGGAGACGAUGGAGAUGAAUUACAGUGGGGUCAGCGGGGGCGACCGUCAUGGUGUUCUCUCGCGGAUUGUGAGCCUCUGCGAAGCGAUUAACGAGGCGGUGGAUUUAUCGUGGGACAAAAUGUUGAUGCUUGAGCCGCUGCCACCUGUGCUGUACGCAGCGGAUUCGGAGCCACCGCGUGUCAUUCCGCCACCGUUGCCGACGUUGUUCGCGUCUUCUGAAGAAGCUAGCGGUGAGAAUGACGCGGGUGCCGUCGGCGACCGCCACGAAACGCCAUCCGAGUUGCCGUUUGAAGCGGGCGCAACAAGCGAUCCGACACCCCAGGAGCCGGGCGGAUCUACCCAACAGGUGGCGGAGGCUGCGGCUGCGCCCAACACCACGGACACGACCAUCAACGCCACAGUGGACAAUAACAGCAGAGUGGAUGUUGCCAACGCACGCAUCUGUGCGCUCUUCUUUGGCAACACCGAGCCCGGCAGAGGCGCGGAUCCAACGGUGCCACCACCAUCGUCAUCAUCCUUAUUAUCUGCCAAUGCCAAUGCCAUGGGAGAGGCGCGGAAUUCCGCUCCCUCUGUUGCUGGUGUGGGCGAAACGAUGAGUCUUUUUGGCAAUGCAUCAUCUACAGCAGAGAGCGUUUCUCCGGAGCCCCCAAUGGAACAGCAGCCGUGGUUCGGUGAAAUCGAACCUCACUUUCUUGUGGAGCUCCCAGAGUCGUUCCGCCGUGAGCUGCUUUUUGAUCACAUGAAUCUGCUUUUGUGCGGACAAGAGCGGGAAGAGGGGGGUCAACGCACGCACAUCUAUGCUGCAUUUAUGAAUCAAUUACCACCAGACAUGCGAAUGGAGGCCAUUGAAGUCGAGCACCGCUGGCGACGCGUUACCGGCGAAGACUCAGGAACUGGUGGUGCGCAGGGCGGCGACGCGCCCACUUUUCUUACAGAAGUUCUUGCAACUGUUGACCCGGAGGUGCGGCGCGACAUUCUGCUAACGUGCGACUUGCGGUAUCUCGAGGGGAACGCCGCUCUUCUUGCUGAGGCCACCGUACUCCGCGAGCUUCAGAGCAUGGAGGCUCAGGGAGGUGAAGAGGAGGAUGACAGGCGCCUGCGGGAGGGACGGGAAGAGGGGGAGAGACUGAGCGGUGAUGGGGCAGCCGAGGGAGCGAUGUACAAUGAGUUAUUCCAGGCACCGGCAGAGGACUCACAUUUGCCAUGGUUCUUGCAGCACCAGUUUCUUGAAGAACAUGGCGGCCGCAUCGUUCGGCCAACAGGCGCGGAGGCUCCACCCAUUAACUUCAGAGACAACAAUAACAACAACGCCGGUGGUGGUGGUGGGAAUCGGCGACCGGGACGCCCGCCGCGAGGCCACAACCGCGUGACGGAGUCUUUUCUCACCACCCGCAUCCGCGCGUUGCAAAAUCGUUUUACACGCGAAGAAAAAGUGCCACCGCCACCGAAUCGUCAAAAUGGUGAAACGGGUGCCCAUGCCCCUGUCCCCCCCGUGCCAAUUGCUGUGCUUCGGCAGCUCAUGGAACUUAUCUGCUUCGCGAAGGGCGGCUUUCCGUCGCUGGAGUACGGAUGCGCCUCCUCGAGUCUUUCCGUCAGUUCCCAGCUCGUGGUGCUCCUCAUAACUGUGUGCGUGAACACCGCAAGCGCGACGGAGGCAUUAGUGAAUCUGCUCACUGUGGCACUGGAUGGGCCCUUGGAGAGAACCGUUUGGGAUCCGACAUCGGAUGGACGUCCCGGGCUCGAUCGCAGCCGCAUUGCAGUUCAGGUGGUUUUUGUUAUUGAGAAAUUGAUUGAACGGUGCCGCGCGGCCGGGCUGAGUUUCACGAUGCUCCCUGAUGGCGUGGAGGAGGGCGGGCCGCCAAAGCCCAUCGACGAACCAUACAAUGAGGCGGAGCAACAGGCAAUGGACGCGGGGCUUUUUCGACGGCUUAUGGAGGUCGUCCUGCGCUUUCCGUCGCCGCGCGCGGAGUUGUCUUUUACGCGUAUUUUAUCUGCCCUUAACGCGCAGUUGCGGGCACUGGAGGAUAACACCGUGAAGGUGCGGUCCCCGCGCGAGCAGUCCUCUAUGCCGCUCUCCAACACUAUCAUUCUGCACCCACGCCACGCCCAUCGGCUGCAGUGGACAAGUCUUUGCCAGUAUCCAUGCCCGAACGGCAGCUUUCUUUGCGAUUGCUGUGACACAAAACUGUUCCAUGACACGUUUGCGUUCUGCUGUUCACUCUGCCACUAUGUUCUUUGUCCACAGUGCAGUCUUGUAACGUUGACUGCGGAGGAGGAGUCACAACGCAUACGUCGUUGCGCUUACGCCCUUGUGAAAUCAAACGGGACCCUGCAGACGGCCGCACGGCUCCUUUCCCAUUGGAACUGUACAAACGAGAUGGGGCUGCAGACGGUGCAGCUUCUCCGGCGAGGCAUCAAGGAAAGUGCACGGCGUGACACAAGUUUGGUGGAUCAACACAGUCCAAUUGCGGUGGUUGAGCGCAUUAUUGUCGAACUUGCAAAGGAACUCACGGAGGAGAUUCAUACACGUUUCAAUGCGUUUCGCAGUGCUUUCCUUAACAAGACGGCGAUGGGACCCGGCGCCGUGACGUUGUCCGGUGUUGCCGCCACCACAGGUGUCGACCCGGCUGGAAGGGAGUGGACCACGCGAGAGGCGAGCUUUGCGCUUUCUUACCUGAACCUGCGGUGCACAACGAGUCAGUCACACGCAUUUUUCUUGCCGUACGCCGAGACACUUCGACCCGAGCAGCGUGAGGUGUCGCUGAUGUGGCACGCCUCGCAGAUGUAUCUUGCCGAGGUGGCAUCCAUUUUGCAGCGGCUACAAAAUCGCUCUUCUGUGCUUUUGCCGCACGCGGUACUUCUCCUGUUGAAUCGAUUCUGUCAAUUCCACAUGGCGGAGGCGCGACGAGGGUCGUGCUCGGCAAGUCUUGUCAUGGAGAGUCACAGUACCCCCACGGUGGAGAAGACGGAGACGGAGCGGUUCAUGCUGGACACCACACACACACCCUCAAGUGUCUCAGACGCCGCUGUGAACGCCCUCGCGCGUGCCGGGCCGAGGCAACAGCAACAGCAACAACAAACACAACAUCCACAGCAAUCAUUGCGGCAAACUGGACGGUUGUAUCAACAGCAACGAUCCAAUUCAGAGGGUGAAAGUGCUGAAACAUUGGACUCGACGCGUGACGAACGUCCCGCGCUGCCGCGUUUGGUGCGUCAGUUUGUGGAGCGCAAUAAGACGACUAUCAACACCCUCAUUCAGUAUGACCCGAAGCUGCUAGAGGAGAACUUUGCCUUUCUUAAGACAGAGCCCGGAUUUAUUGACUUUAAUAUUCGUCUGCUUGACUUCCAGCGGCACAUCAGCCAUACGACGCAUGGGUCUCGAAUUAGUCUGAGCAUCAGCCGUGAUCAGUGUUUGCGUGAUAGUUUCGCCCAACUCUCAAAGCUAAAGUCCUUUCACGGAUCGUUAAAUGUGCGCUUCCGCGGUGAGGAGGGUGCGGACGCGGGCGGUUUGACACGGGAGUGGUUUCAACUUCUUGCGGAGGAGAUGGUAAACGACGAUUAUGCGCUCUUUAUUCACUCUCGGGAGGGCAUGACGUACCGGCCGAACCCCUUUUCGGAUGUCAACCCGAACCACCUGCAGUAUUUCAAGUUUGCGGGCACCGUUGUGGGCAUGGCGGUAGCGCACAGCGUCCCCAUCGACGUGCACUUUACGCGUGCGGUGUACCGCCACAUGACAGGCGUUCAACCCAUCUUCCGCGACCUUGAGAGCGUCGACCCGGAGUUGUAUGACAAUCUCAACUGGCUUUUGCGGAACGACGUCAACGACUUGGGUCUCUUUUUCACUGUUAGCUGCGAGCGGUUUGGCGUUAUUCAAGAGACGGAGCUUGUGCCAAAUGGUGGGCACGUUGCCGUGACGAAUGCGAACAAGUCUCAGUACGUACGGCUGCGUUGCGAGUUUCACAUGACGCGGCAAAUUGAACAACAGAUGGAAGAAUUUCUUAAGGGCUUCUACACCGUCAUCCCGCGGAAGGAGAUACGCAAUUUCACUGCGCAGGAGCUGGAGCUUGUCAUCUGCGGCAUGCCGGACAUUGACGUGGAGGACUUGCGUGUGCACACGCUGUACGAUGGCUACACCGCCACCUCUCCUCAGAUUCGGUGGUUCUGGGAGGUCGUCGCAUCCAUGACGAAGGAGGACCGCGCGAAUCUUUUGCAGUUUGCCACUGGCGCGUCGAAGGUGCCACAUGGUGGGUUCAGCAACUUGGAGUCGGCGAGCGGGACGACACAGCGGUUCACCAUCACGCGUUGGGGCGACAGCGUUGAUCUUCUCCCACAGGCGCACACCUGCUUCAACAAAAUUGACCUGCCCGAGUACCCGAGCUGCGAGGAGCUGCGAAGGAAAUUGAUGCUCGCCAUCACUUUCGGCAGCAGGGGAUUUUCAAUGCUGUAG